ACGCACACGGAAGAUUCCCGCCUCCUCCCCUCUGUCGCCGCUGCUGCCAACGCUAGCACCGAUGCCACCUCUUGGUUCCCAGGUUGUGUCUUGCCUCUUUCCAUCCACCGUCAUCGCCGCUACCUAUGGCUUCCCCGUCGGGUCGUCUCUUGCCUCAUUCUGUUCCCCGCCGCUGCUCUCGCCACCCACUAUCGGAGGCAUUGUGUCCAGAAACAUGGUUAAGAGGGUAUGCUGUCUGAGCGCCAGGGAGAUCCGAACGGUGAUGCCCUCUACUCGCUUCCCAUUGUCCUAGAGUCAGGCAAAUGGAGGAACAUGAGUCAGUGGGGCUGCCAUAGUUGGAGAAUGCGGCGUAAGCAGGCCGACGACGGCGAGUUCCUCAACAUGUACUCCGGUGAAAUUUUGGUGGUGGUUCCGUGACCUGACAUCUUUCCAAUAUCGAAGAUGAGAAAUACCGAGGCUGUUAUAGAUCUCUUCUUUUUUUAGGAGUUUUCUAUUUUACAAAAUAGCUAAACUAUGGAAUUUGGCUAAUAACUUUAGAUUAGCUCUCGGAGUUGCUCUUCAUGCGCCACAUCCGUAGUCGCACGCACCUACCAUGUGCACCCAACGAGCAUGUACUAUUAUUAUUUUCCUAAUCUUUCUUGGCCCCUUACACAGCUGCUUCGUCAUUUCCAGCCAUAUGCGUGAUGACAGCUCCUCCGUCAUUACCAUUUGUUUUAUGGUAGCGAGAUGCGCGUGAAGACAUUUGGAUUCGUCCACCACCACAUCACUAGUCUCACUCUCACCUGUAAUAUAUCUGCACCCAACGAGCAGGUACCAAGCAAUUAGCAAGAGAAACACAAGGUCGAGGUGGUGAGGUAUGGAGCUCGCCUUGGGGGCCAUGACCAGCUUGGCCCUUAAGCUAGGCGACCUGCUCAUGGAGGAGUAUGUCGUGCAGAAGGGCCUCAAGCCCGACAUCGAGUCUCUCUCCAGGGAGCUUGUGAUGAUGAACGCCGCUCUCAUCGACGCGUCCCGGGUUCCACCUGACCAGCUCACCGAGGUGGAAAAGCUUUGGGCACGCAAGGUCCGGGACCUGUCGUAUGACAUGGAGGACGCCGUCGACGAUUUCAUCCUGCGUGUGGCUGGUGGUGACGACUCUGCCGCCGACUCAAAAUUCUUCAAGAAGACCCUUGCCAUGGUCAAGGACGUGAUGUCGAUGAAGAAGUUCAAGGAUCGGCGCCAGAUCUCCGACAAGGUCAAAGACAUCAAGAAACUCUCCAACGAGUUAGCUGAACUUCGUGCCAAGUACACGGUAAGGGGUGUGGGCGCUGAUCUCGCCGCGAGCACCGGCAUCGACCCUCGUGUCAUCAAUCUGUACAAGAAAGAGACAGAUCUCGUUGGCAUCAAGAAGUCAAGGAACAAAGUCAUUAGGAUGCUGUCUAUGGAGACCAAAGAUGAUGAUGCACUUGAGUCCCAUCAGGCUCUAAAGAUAGUGUCUAUAGUCGGGGUUGGAGGACUAGGUAAGACUACUCUAGCCAAAACAGUGCAUGACAUGCUUAAGAAGCAAUUCGACUGUUCUGCUUUUAUUUCUAUUGGUAGAACUCCUAAUCUGAAUAGGACAUUCGAGAAGAUGCUAUUGAAACUUGAUCGUGAGUAUAAACAAGUUGACAUGGCCAGAUGGGAUCUAGAACAAUUUAAAAACGAACUGGAUGAAUUCUUGAAGGACAAGAGGUACUUGAUCGUUGUUGAUGACAUAUGGGAUGUUGACUCAUGGGAAGCAAUCAGAUAUGCCUUGAAGGACAAUAAUUGUGGAAGUAGAAUAAUCAUGACUACUCGUAAUUUUGGGAUUGUCACGAAAUUAGAAGAGGUUUAUAGAUUAAAACCUCUUUCUAAUGCAAACUCCAAGAAAUUGUUCUACAAAAGAAUAGAGAGUCAGGAAGGAGAAAGCCUUGAUGGUGAACUCUCUAGUAAAAUCAUACAUAAAUGUGGCGGCAUACCAUUGGCUAUCAUUGCAAUAGCUAGUUUGUUGGUUGAAAGAUCACGUGAGGAGUGGUCAGAAGUGUACGACAAGAUUGGUCUUGGGAAUGAAGACAAUACAACAAAGAUAAUGUCAUACAGCUACUAUGAUCUGCCUCCUUAUCUCAAGCCAUGUCUGCUGCAACUAAGCAUAUAUCCAGAAGACUGUAUCAUUGAUACAAACUCUACCAUAUGGAAGUGGAUAGGUGAAGGUCUAGUUCAUCUUGAGAAAGAAGAGGGUAGCCUAUUUAAGGUUGGAGAAAGAUACUUCAAGGAGCUUGUGAAUAGAAGCAUGAUCCAGCCGACAGAGGACAAAAAUGAUCGGUUUGUAGAAGGGUUCCGUAUUCACGACAUUGUGUUUGAUCUCAUCUGUAAGUUGUCCAAGGAUGAAGACUUCAUUACCAUUAGCGGGCAACAUUCAUCUCGGGAUAGUUUAAGAAGAGAGAAGAAAACAUGUGUGCCUCGCUCAGACUGCAAGCUACGUCGGCUGGCCGUCCGAAAUCAACGUGUGCAGCGCUUCCCUGAAGAAACCAUCGACAUGCCAGAGGUGUUGAGAUCACUUAGCAUUAUAGAUUGUAAUAUUGAGGUUAUGGCCCCAAUUGAUAGCUUCAGGGUUUGCCGUGUGCUGCAUCUGGGGAAGAGCUACGUACCCAUCAGCCUAAAGCAUCUGGGGAAGCUGUUGCAUCUCAAGUUCCUAGAGAUAGUAUACACGCCUAUUGAUGAGCUCCCUAAGGAAAUUGGGCAUCUGAGGUCUCUUCAGACACUGAUAUUAGACCGUACUGGACUAGACGAGCUGCCACCGGUUGUUUGCUCGCUUACACGGUUGAUGUGCCUGAUAGCCCAGGGGUUCGAAAGGUUGCCAGCUGACAGGAUGGGGAACCUAACGUCCCUGGAGGAGCUACGACUACGUAGGGUAGUUGGCCGGAGUGCCACCCAAGCCCUAGUGGCAGAGCUUGGCAAGCUGACGAGGUUGAGGGUGGUCGACAUCACCUUUUCAGAGCAGCUAGAGGAGAGCUUGCAAGAAGCAUUGGUGCAAUCUCUGUCCAAUCUGCGGGGACUCCAGGAACUAACGCUUUUGUUUAAAAUGACACGGUGGGGAAGCGAUAUGUGGGGAGACUGGGAGCCACCAAGGCAGCUCCGGCGCCUGAUUAUUGAAGGCAUCAUCGUCUUCUCACGACAGCCUCGAUGGAUCAACCGCUCCUGUCUGCCACGCCUCUGCUACUUAUCUCUGAUGGUGCACACUCUUGAAGCACAGGACCUAGAUAAUCUAGCGAGGUUGCCAGAGCUCCAGUACCUCACGCUAGAUGGUCUCAGCUGGCCUCCAAGGUAUACUGUUGGCCCAGACGACUUCAGGAAUCUGAGGUUCUGCAAAGUGGGCACAACGUUCGAGUUUCGUAAGGGCGCCAUGCCAAGGCUCGAAGUGCUGCAAUUUAGAGUUUUUGCAGGGUACUAUUGUUGGGCAUACAAUGGUGUGCCGUUCGAGCAGUUCCCAACGAAGGAUCUUGACUUGGACCUGGAUAACGUCCUUUUACUUCAGCAAGUAAUAGUCAAAGUCAACUGCGUAGGUGCUACUGUCACACAAGUGGAGGAGGUGGAGGCCGUGGUCAUGCGUGCCGUGGAAAAUCAUGCCAACCGUCCAACCAUAAAAAUGAAUCGAGCAUAUGAAAUAGCUAUCCUAUCCGACGAAGGGCGGGAGGCUCUGCUUCGGCGACACAUUGAAAAGGAUUGCUGCGUGCGCACGAUGAAGGAUAAAUCUGAUGCUUUCUUCAUCAGCCAGCUGCGGAGGUAUCGACAUCUUCAGAAAGCCAUUAUUUUCAUCGACUGUUCGGGUGCCAGCAUGUGUGAGGUGCAGAAAGUGGAAGCAGCUUUUAGACAUGCAGCCGAGGUUCAUCCUAACCAUCCAAGUAUUGAACUUAUCAGAACAAACACCGACGGAAUGGCCUCCUCCUCAUCUGACCAUCCCAACACAGAGCCCAGGAAUUGAUGGCUCGGUUUGUCAGAUCCUUCCAACCCAGGAGCAGGUAAAUGUGAGUUGCUUAAGUACCAAAGAGAGAGGUCCUGUUCAGCAAGAUGAUUAGAAGCAUUGGCAAUUGGCAUGGCUUGUUAAUUAGAUUCGUGGUUCUUAGUCUAAAAUCACAUUGAAGAGGGAGACGGACCCAAGUGAUGCAGUUCAUGUGUUAUCUGUAUCAGUCUCUGUUUUUAUAAGCUGUCAUAUAUUUUCUCGAAACUAUCUUGUGUUGAUUUUGUGUGAAGUGUACUUUUAAUGGCACGGGCCAUUGUGUAUUUGCUUGAAAGAUAAGGAUGGUAUUAUCUUUGUAUUUGAACUCUAAAUGCUUAAAUGAAGUGAUCAUUCUGGAUGGAGAU